AUUUAAUAAUUUGAGCUGAUUAUUUUUAGAGACAACGAAUUAAAUUUAAAGAGUUGAGAAAUCAACGGAGAGACUUGCAAAAGAAACAGGUCAGAUCCUCCUUCCAAUCUCUCAACAAAAGAAAGAGAAGAACAGACAUGGGGCUGACAUUUACAAAGCUCUUUAGCCGGCUUUUUGCCAAGAAGGAGAUGCGUAUUUUGAUGGUGGGUCUUGAUGCAGCUGGUAAAACCACUAUUUUGUACAAGCUCAAGCUCGGCGAAAUCGUCACCACAAUCCCAACCAUUGGAUUCAAUGUUGAGACCGUGGAAUACAAGAAUAUCAGCUUUACUGUAUGGGAUGUUGGUGGUCAGGACAAGAUCCGUCCUUUGUGGAGGCACUAUUUCCAGAACACUCAGGGUCUCAUUUUCGUGGUGGAUAGCAAUGACAGGGACCGUGUUGUUGAGGCAAGGGAUGAGUUGCACAGGAUGUUGAAUGAGGAUGAAUUGAGAGAUGCUGUUUUGCUUGUAUUUGCCAACAAGCAAGAUCUUCCCAAUGCAAUGAAUGCUGCUGAAAUAACUGAUAAGCUUGGUCUUCAUUCUCUCCGCCAGCGUCACUGGUAUAUCCAGAGUACAUGUGCAACUUCUGGAGAGGGCCUUUAUGAGGGGCUCGAUUGGCUUUCCAACAACAUCACUAGCAAGGCAUGAGCCAGGAUCGGUGUUUUGGUUGUUAGUUAGAUUUGUUGGAAAUCUGGCAAAUCCAGGAAGGAUACCUUCCUCUUUAUUCAGGAACUUUUGUAAUGACAGAAUGUUUACUAGAUAAAUAUAAUAUGUGCUUUCUUUUUCAAUUUGUGGGUAAUCUAUGUCCUAGGAAGCAAUCUUUAAAACAAGAAAUGCAUGCCGUUAUAUGUAGGCCUAUUUUAAAUUUCUUGGAACCGUGUGAAUCCUCAACUCAACAUUGAAUGAAUCUGUCAUUCCAUUUUCUACAGCAGAAUACUACUUCUUUGACUACACAUUCACAGUAG